AUGUCGAUCUCCCUGGUUGCGGUGGCGUUGGCUUUCCUGGUGGCUGGCUGCAUCGCGGGCAAGCCGGACCUCCCCAAUGUGGCCUGGCGCGAGAAUGCUGCCGCUGCGAUCGGCGCCGACAUUGCCGAGGUGGCCAGGAAUGCGGGUGUGGAUGUCCCUGAGCUGCUGCGCCUUCUGACCGACCGCGACAUCGGCUAUGACAAGGUCAACAAGCGCCUGCUCUACGCGUGCGAGGGCAUGGCCGUGCCCGCCGGCGCCACCCCUGCUGCGGCCCCCGGCACUGCCGUCGCUGGCGCCCCCGACCCCACUGACCUGUCCCUGGCGUUCAAGCUGCAUAGCCGCCCCGGCGCGCCGCGCCGCCUGGUGCUGGACUUCACCGGCCACACCACCACCGGCACAGCCUGGAACAGCGCGAGCCGCCCCAGCAUUGUGACGCCGCCCUAUGACCUGGACGGCGUGCCGUCCACUUUCAGCGACACCGAGCGCCGCAACAUCAUUGCCAUCUGGCGCGCUGUGGCAGAGGACUACGCCGCUUUUGAUGUGGACGUCACCACUGAGGAGACAGACGCGAGCGGCGCCCAGCUCAACCUGGCCGACAACGGCGCCCGAGCCGUCAUUGGGGGGUCGUCUUACGACUGGUACGGCUCUGGCGCAGGCGGCGUCGCCUACGUGAACACGUUUGGCAACACUUAUUACGACCCUGCCUUUGUGUUCCCUGCCCAGCUGGGCUCUGGGUACCCCAAGUACGUGUGGGAGGCCACCAGCCACGAGCUGGGCCACCGCCUGGGGCUCAGUCACGACGGCGACACCCUGGGCAACGCCUACUACGGCGGCAGCGGCAUCUGGGCGCCGAUCAUGGGGGUUGGCUACUAUAAGCCCGUUACGCAGUUCAGCAAGGGGGAGUACCCCAAUGCCAACAACUUCGAGGACGACCUUGCUGUCAUGACCAACCCCAACAGCCUCAUGACCAGCAUCAGGGGCUUCAUGACUUACCGCCCUGACGACCUCGGCAACACCAUCGCUGCUGCCGCACCCCUUGCGGGAACCCCCACCACCGCCGAUCCUACACGCACCACCGCGGCUGCCGUCGGCAACAUCGAGCGCACCGGCGACUCAGACUGGCUAUCCUUUGCGGCAGGCGCGGGGUCUGCAACUGUCACCAUUACCAUCACGCCAGCGUCUCCCAACAGCGAAGCGCGCGCAAACGUCGACCUGCGCUUGGAGGUGUGGGCGGCUGGCGCAGCCGCGCCGCUGGCCACCUUCAACACCGCCGGCGCCCUGCUGUCCGGCGCCAACACCGUCACCCUGCCGGCUGAGGGCACUCGCCGUCGCCCUCUCCUGCACCCAUCCGCGAGAUCCGCCUGA